GCCGUGUCAUGAGCAAAGCAGCGAUGAGGGGCCCGGUUUUGCAGAAAGCCGUUCUGCAGCAGCCACCACGGUGACUUUUCCCAGCUCCCGUCACUCGCGGGCUGGCCUGGAGGUCCCUGCCAUCGAGAGGCCGGGCUGAAGGUGCCGCGUCCUCCCUCGCCCCGUCCCUCGCUGGACAGCUCCCGCUGCAGGACUCGCCAUGGGAGGGUGUUUCUCCAAACCCAAACCAGGACCGAAUAACUUGCCCGUAAGCGUUUUAAAAGACUUGGCUGAGGAGCUGUCUGCGCCCCUGAGACUGAUUUUUAAUAACUCUUGGAGUACUGAGGAUGUUCCUGAGGAGUGGAAAACAGCUGAAGCCACUUUGCCAGUGUUUAAAAAAAGUAGACGGAAUGAGCUCGUGGAAGUGAAGAUUGAGGUGGUGCUGCCAGAGAAAGAGCGGGUCAAAGAGGAGACGUCGCCCAACGGGAAGGCCAGCCCCAUCGUUUACAAGGCGAAUGGCACCUCGCGGCACUACCAGCUGGAGGAGCACCCGGUCCCCCUCAACCCCUACCGGCACAUGAAGGACAUGGUGGAGGCCUCUGUUUGCCACGUGAAGGACCUGGACAACGGACAGAUGCGAGAAGUCGAUCUGGGCUGUGGGAAGGCUCUGCUGGUGAAAGAAAACGGAGAUUUUUAUGCUAUGGGUCAUAAGUGUCCUCACUAUGGCGCCCCGCUGGUGAAAGGGGUCUUGUCCAAAGGCCGGAUCCGUUGCCCGUGGCACGGGGCUUGCUUCAACAUCGGCACUGGUGAUAUUGAAGACUUCCCAGGGCUGGAUAGUCUCCCCAAAUUCCAGGUGAAAAUUGAGAAGGAGAAAGUGUACAUUCGAGCAAGCAAGCAGGCUCUCCAGGCCCAGAAGCGGACAAAGAUGAUGGCGAAAUGCAUCUCUCUGAGCAACUACAACGUCAGCAGCACCAACGUGCUCAUCAUCGGGGCAGGUCCGGCUGGGCUGGUGUGUGCAGAGACGCUGCGCCAGGAAGGCUUCUCGGACAGGAUUGUGAUGUGCACAGUCGAUCGGAAUUUGCCCUACGACAGACCCAAGCUGAGCAAGUCAAUGGAUUCCCACGCUGACCAGAUCGCCCUGCGCCCAAAAGAAUUCUUCCGCAUGAACGACAUUGAGGUCCUGACCGAAAUGCAGGUGGUGGCGGUGGAUGUCAAGAACAAGACGGCCAUUUUCAAGGAUGGGUUUAAGAUGGAGUACAACAAGCUUCUGCUUGCAACAGGAAACACGCCCAAAACGCUCAGCUGCAAAGGCAAAGAAGUGGAGAACGUUUUCACCAUCCGGACCGUGGAGGAUGCCAACCGGGUGGUCAAAGUGGCUGCCGGCAGAAAUGCUGUGGUGGUGGGGGCCUCUUUCCUUGGGAUGGAGGUGGCUGCCUACCUUUCGGAGAAAGCUCACUCGGUCUCCGUGGUGGAGCUGGAAGAAGCGCCCUUCAAGAAGUUCUUUGGGGAGAAGGUCGGAUGCGCCCUCAUGAAGAUGUUUGAAAACAACCGAGUGAAAUUCUACAUGCAGACCGAAGUGUCAGAACUGCGGGAACAGGACGGCAAGCUAAAGGAGGUGGUGCUGAAGAGUGGCAAGGUUCUCCGGGCAGACGUCUGCAUCAUUGGCAUAGGGGCCACUCCAGCUACUGGCUUCUUGAAGCAGAGCGGCGUACAUCUGGACUCCAAAGGUUAUAUUGUGGUGAACAAGACGAUGCAGACCAGCAUUCUGGGAGUUUUUGCUGCGGGGGACGCGGUCGCCUUUCCCCUGGCGCUGAGAAACCACAAGAAGACCAACGUUCCGCACUGGCAGAUGGCCCACGUGCACGGGCGCAUAGCAGCACUGAACAUGUUGGCUCACGGGACAGAAGUCAGCACCGUCCCUUACCUGUGGACCGCUAUGUUUGGCAAGAGCAUUCGCUACGCUGGUAAGGGAAGAGCAGGGCCAUGGGAAGGAUUUGAUGAUGUGAUUAUUCGGGGAGACCUAGAUGAACUUAAAUUUGUAGCCUUUUACACAAAGAGCGACGAGGUCCUUGCCGUGGCAAGCAUGAACUAUGACCCCCUGGUCUCCAAGGUUGCCGACGUCAUGGGGUCUGGCAGGACGAUCCGCAAGCGGGAUGUGGAAACUGGAGACAUGUCCUGGCUAACGGGAAAAGGCUCCUAAGGGCCUGGGAAUGCCUGGUUCCACUUCAGGGACCUCGGCAACAGCCACCUUCCUCCAGGCUUGGCGAACCUAACCCUUCCCUGUGAAUCUGCUCCUGGCUCUUUUUCCCUCCGUCUCAAGGACCCCCACUGGAGCUCAUCAGAGGUGGACUUGUACUUCUGCUGCCUGGGAUGGUUGCAAAAGCUCCCAGAGUGGAAACUCACCAAAACUGGUGGUGCACUUUAGAUUCAGGACCAUGUUCUGCAGGAAUGCUGAAGAAGUGUGGAAUUCCACUCUGGGCAGUGCGUUCUCAGUAAAUACCUAGGGCAGGAUUGCCUUAGCUUUUUAAAUUGAAAGUACCUUUACCUUUAAAUUAAAUCAAGCUUAGUUUUUAUUCUGCUCCUGCCCGUUUGUUGGAGCGCAGCAUCCAUCAUGGAAAGCCAAAACCCAACCUGGCCAGAAAAUGUUAUUCUUUUUCCUUCUGGUGCAAUUGAUUCAUGCAUCCAUACUGGGUAAACUGAGUCAUCCUGAUCCUGUUCACACUGGUGAAAUGCAGCUGAAGCCCUGCUGGGUUUUAUGUGUGAUGGGCAGAGCUCUGAUUGCACCAUUGUGUCCACCACCUUUUCUUUUUUUACUACACCCUUUGGGCACUCCUCUGGCUCACCAUUCCAGGUGCAUAAAUAAGAGGGCAGUCGGGCUGGCCUAACGUGGUCUCUCACUGCAUCGUGCAGGCUGUCACAAUCUCUCCACUUUUUAAAAAUGUUCUUAAUAAACUAAAUAUAUGCCAUGCAUCUAUGUAUACA